CUGUCAUGGGAUUGUCCAUCUCAUUGGACGGACAAAGCAGAAGGGUCAGUCACCCUUCUGGAGGGAGACACGGCUGGUGGCUGAGCUGAGAACCCAGCUCCCAGCCCCAGAGGAACCAGUUCAGUAUGGCGCUAACUCUCCUUCUGCCUGUGCUGGCCUCUCUCCAGCUCCUUCCCCGGCUGGUGUCCCCUGCAGCUAAACUCCCAGCUCCAGCCUUCUCCGUGCAUCCCCUGAAGGUUGAAUACCUGCUCGGAGACAUCGUGGACCUCACAUGCUCUGCUCCCGCCGUGAAGGAUUGGGUGUCGGUAUUCCAAUACUACAGCAAUACGGGAUGGGCUGUUUCAGCCUGGGUGUCCUCCGGGUGGAAACACACCUACAACCUCAACAUCACGGAGCCACGGAGUGCGGGUUCGUACAGUUGCAACUAUUACACGGGCAAGUCUGGUAGUUUCGUCCACUCCUUGGAGAGCAACCAUAUCACCAUCCGAGUCAAAGACCCCCCUGCAGAGCCGACACUGAGAGUGGAUCCCACGUCUGGAGUGAUGAGCGAAGGGCAUCCCCUACUCAUCACCUGCACGGCCCCCGGGGACGCCAGACAGCUGAGGUUUCACUUCUACCAGGAUGGGGCCAAGAUCAUCCCUGGGGACGCUGGGUCUGAGAUCAGCACCGCAGAGCCCGGGAAUAGCUCAAUGACAGUCUCUGUGCUCAGCAUCCCGCGGGCUGACACCAACAGCACCGGGGAAUACACCUGUCAGUACGAGGAGAAACAGAGCGAGAGAUGGAUGCUGUCCACCAGGAGCCAGGCUGUGACUGUUACCUUGAAAGAUCCCCCUCCACAGCCAGUGCUGAGCAUGGAUCCCCCAUCAGGAGGGGUCACGAAGGGUUCCCUCUGCUCAACCGCACGCACACGGGGCUGCCAGGAAUGGAGGUUUCCACUUCUACAAAGAUUGGGCAAAGAUUGUCCCUGGGACGCGGGUCUGAGAUCAGCAUCAAGGAGCCAGCACCAGAUCUAGGAAUGUCUGUGCUGAGCAUCCCACGGGGGUCCUAACAGUGCGCGGGAAUUCACCGUGGGUACGAGGAGAAUGUGAGCGAAGGUGGUCCCGUCCCUGAGAGACCGGCCUGUGAACAUCACCGUGAAGGAUCCCCUUCCCUUGCCGGUGCUGAGCCUGGAUCCCCCCAUCCGGGGUGGUGAGCAAGGGUUCCUUAGUCAUCACCUGCACAGCCCCCGGAGAUGCCAGACGAGUGGAGAUUUCACUUCUACAAGGACGGGGCCGAGAUUAUCCCCGGGGACAUGGGUCUGAGAUCAGCACCAUAGAGUCCAGCAUGGAUUCUAUGAUUCUCACUUUCCCAGGGGCUGGUCCUGUGAGCUCCGGGGAAUUCACUUGCAGCUAUGAGGAGACCGUGAGGGGGGUGGAUCCGUCCCCCAGGAGUCGGGCUGGAACGUCACCAUGAAGGCUAUCUGGUCUCUGCCCAUCCCCCUGGUGGCGGGUGCCGGGUGCUGCUGUGGGUGGUUGGCUGCUGUCUCUUUGUUUCUACAGAGGAAGAAGAAAGGUUUCAAGUGGGAGCAGAGGAAGAGAACCCAGAACAAUAGUUCCAUCAGCAGUUACUCACCUAUACCUCUGGCAAUGAUCAAUCCGGACACUCUUUAACCUUCAGGGGAAAUUACACGGUCCUAUCUCAGUGCAUGGGGCUGGACUUCAAGCUCCUUGCCUCUUUGUCCCCUCAGCUCCUUGCCUCUGUGUCCCCUGCAACAUCAUAGGGCCAAUGAAGAUCUGUGAAGCUUACCACACUCACUGUGCAUAUCCUCCCAAGGUCUCCUUCAUGCUGUAAGGCACACACCAGGUCUCCAGCUGAAAACAUCCCUGGCAAAAUGAGAUGUGAUUGUGUCUCUUUGCCUGCUGCAGAGAGACUGGGACUGUUCAAACGGAAGGAAGAAGUUUCUAUUCUCCCAACUUCUCAGCAAAUCUUCCCUUUUCCAGGAACAUUCAAGCUGAUGUAAAUCUCUGUAAAUUUCCCAUCUCCUGUUUGUCAUUAAACCUCCCUUUAACCUCC